AGGAGACAAAAAAUCCACCAACCACAAAAAGCUUUCUUCUCCCUUGACGAGAAGAACAGGUUGGACCACUGGAGUGUGAGAGAGUGAAGAGGCGCCAUGAAGUGAUAAACUGCAAUGAUUCACUUCCAUCCUUGAUCUGUACCUCACUGACCAUGGGCAUGCACUGCCUGCUCGCCCUAUUCUUAGCUUUUUUCUUCGUGGGCGUGACACUCUUCUCCUGGGACUCAUUCCUCCUACCCCUGUUGUCCCUGGCUCACAGUCCAUCUUUGCUGGUGCGACUAAGUCAAGCCCCGGAUCACACUCUCAGUCCACCCUACCAUAGCCAUGCUACUCAGACCACGUGCAACCACUUCACUUGUUUCAAUGUGUACCGAUGUCGAACACAUCACCAACAGCUCCGGGUCCAUGUGUCCAGACCCGAAAUAUUUAUUGACCCACAGGGUCAGGAAGUGGCCCCUUGGACUCAGGAAUUCAUCCAGAUCCUGGAAGCGAUAGAGGCCAGUCCCUAUUACACACCAGAGGCCCAUGAGGCAUGUGUGUUCGUGCCUGCCAUGGAUUUCUUGAAUGAGAAUGAUGUCCAAGUGGCGGCCAGUGGCGCGGCCUUAGCCAUGGGUUCGGAUUGGGAUGAAGGGAGGAACAAUUUGGUAUUCACCAUGUUGCCAGGAUCACCGCCUCAGUUUUCGCCCUCUUUAGGUGUGCCCCAUGGGCGCGCCAUGGUAGCUGGAGCUGGAUUGAACACAUGGAGCUAUCGGAAAGGCUUCGACAUCGCAUUGCCCACUUUUAGUCCCGAAGUGCAGGGCUCGAAUCGAACUUGGCCCGCUCAAGAGCGAAUCUGGCGCUUGGUCUCCUCCCAAGUGAACAUCGCGUCCAAAACUCAGGAGAUUCUUCACGAAUUGGAGGAGGAUCAUUCGCAAGAUUUAGUGGUCCUCAGUAGGUGCUUCAAUGGAGGCAAGAAUUUAAAAACCCGAUGUCGGAGCGACGGAUCUCAACAUGCGUAUCCGGGGGUCAUGGGUCAAGCCGAGUUCUGUCUCGUAGUCAAAGGGGUGAGACUUACUCAGUCCACUUUAAUGGACGCCAUGCAUCUCGGUUGCAUACCCGUGGUAGUAGUCGAUUCUUUAGUUUUACCGUUCUCAGAAGUUCUGGAUUGGAAGCGAUUUUCCAUCCGGCUCUUUGAGCGCAACCUUCCCAAUGUCAUGGAAAUAUUAAACGCCAUAUCCCGUCAGAAGGUCCUCGAGCUUCAAGCUCAAGUCCAAUGGGUCUAUGCCCGGUAUUUCGAAAGCAUUACCCAAAUCAGUCUCACCACACUCGAUAUCUUAAAUGACAGGUUGUUCAGUCACAAAAAGCGCACAUAUCUGGAAUGGAACGUGCCCAUUCAUUAUUCCAACCCGUUGUUCCUCACCAACACUCCCCCCGAAUCCGAUGGUUUCACGGGCGUCAUCCUCACUUACGAUCGCCUGGACUCCUUAUUCGCCGUCAUGAAUCGCAUCGCCGACACGCCCAGUCUCACCAAAAUCGUGGUGGUCUGGAACAAUCAAGAAGUGGCCCCACCUCCAGCUCACGAGUGGCCGAAAUUGGCCAAACCUUUCGAGGUGAUCAGGACGUCGAGCAAUGUGCUUUCUAACCGUUUUUUCCCCUAUGACGAGAUCACGACGGAAUGCAUUCUGUCCAUUGACGACGAUAUCAUCAUGCUCACUGCAGAUGAGCUGGAGUUCGGUUACCAAGUUUGGCGGGAAUUUCCCGACCGGAUAGUGGGAUUUCCGUCCCGCACCCAUAUUUGGAACAACGCCACUUCUCGUUGGAAAUACGAGAGCGAGUGGACGAGCCAAAUAAGUAUGGUAUUGACCGGCGCUGCAUUUUAUCACAAGUAUUGGAAUUAUUUAUACACUGCCUCACCAUCCCCUGAAACUAAGGUGAUCAAGGCAUGGGUGGACCAGAACAUGAAUUGCGAGGACAUCGCCAUGAACUUUCUGGUGGCCAAUGUGACGGGUAAAUCCCCGAUCAAAGUGACCCCACGGAAGAAGUUCAAAUGUUCCACUCCCAAAUGUACAAAUGUGGACAUGUUGUCCGGCAUUCAGAGUCACAUGAUAGAGCGAUCGGAUUGCAUCAACAUGUUCAGUCAACUUUAUGGACGGAUGCCGUUGAAAACGGUGGAAUUCCGGGCAGAUCCCGUGUUGUUCAAGGAAAAAAUGCCCGACAAAUUGAAGGAAUUCAACGACAUUGGUAGUUUAUGAUGAACACCUCUGUAAACUCUAUUUCGCAAUACGCUUCUUUUUUGCGUUAAUUAUUAUAGAAUCAUAGGCAUGUAGAAUAAAUUCAUCCUUUGUGAGGAGGACGAUUCCUCUGCUCUAAAA